GUUGUAUAUAACAAAACCAAGAGAUAAAAUAAAAAUAAAAAGGAAAAUUUGGGAGUCGAGAAUCGCGGACACAACCGUCGGAGCCCUAGCGCCAGUGCAGCCUUGAACCGUUAGACCUCCCUGGCUUCCCCUGCACCAUCAGAGCAGGGAAAGCAGGUUGGGUUGCCAGAACCGCCUCACACCAGACGGAGAGAGUCGCCGGAGGAAGAUUUUCCUUCUUUAUUCCGAGCCGACCGAGGAAAUGGUCUCUGGGUUGAUCAAUGCCAAUCCUGUUGUAUAUGAGAAGAAAGAGCGUAGGGUUCGAAUUGCACAAAGCAUUGUGGAUGAGUAUGCUGUGGAGCCCAUUGACCAGCUAGAAGUAUUUGAUCAUAUUAGAGAUAUAAAGGAUCCAGAGCAUCCUUAUUCCUUGGAAGAGCUGAAAGUAAUAACGGAAGAUGCCAUUGAAGUAGAUGACAAGCAUAGCCUAGUUAGGGUGACAUUUACUCCCACAAUUGAACAUUGCAGUAUGGCAACGGUGAUUGGCCUUUGUUUGCGAGUGAAACUUAUGCGCAGCCUGCCUCCUCGUUACAAGGUGGAUAUUAGGGUAGCACCUGGAACUCAUGCAACUGAGGCUGCAGUUAAUAAACAGCUGAGCGAUAAAGAACGGGUGGCAGCAGCAUUGGAGAACCCCAAUGUGGUGGAUAUGGUUGAUGAAUGCUUGGCUCCAUCAUAUUGUUGAAACGAGCAGUUUAUCCACGACAUAUGCAAUUGGGUAUUCGUUCUCUGAGACAUACACACAACUACUCCCGGUUUUGAUUAGGAAUGCCAUUUCUUAUCCUUUAUUGUCAUCAUUUCUUAGCUCUACUCGUGUUUGUAUACAAGAUUUAGGAGUUUUUAAGAUGGAAAAAUAUUUUCGAACUGUAAAAUGGGUGUAACAUUAGAGUAAGGGAUUUGCUUUACCCUUUUUUAUUGAGAUUUUUUUUGCUUCAAUGGCUUGUUUCAUUUUUUGGAUGCAGAUGUUGGAAAUUGUAUUUAAAUAGUAAAAAAUGAACCCUGAUUGUAGAAA